AUGUACCACGCCCCUAGGGUUUCCGUUUCCUUUCACCAGCGUUCAGACCAUGGCGGUAUCGCAGCAGCAUCCGCAGCAACACUCGCAGCAGCAUCAGCAGCAACAGCGGCAACAGCUGCAGCAGCAGCAGCAGCAGCAGCAGCAGCAGCAGCAGCAGGCGCCAAUAUUGCACCCAGAGCAAUUGCUUCAGUACAUGGUGCAACAACAGCAAAAUAUUCAAUCAAAGUGGCAGCAGGAGGAGCAGCAGCAGCAGCAACAACAACAGCAGCAGCAGCAGCAGCAGCAGCAGCAGCAGCAGCAGCAGCAGCAGCAGCAGCAGCAGCAGCAGCAGCAGCAGCAGCAGCAGCAGCAGCAGCAGCAGCAGCAGCAGCAGCAGCAGCAGCAGCAGCAGCAGCAGCAGCAACAACAGCAACAGCAACAGCAACAGCAACAGCAACAGCAACAGCAGAGGUACGAGCAGCAGGAGCGAUCAGAACCGUACCAGCAGCAGCAGGUCUACUGGCAGCAACAGGCUCAAGGGCAGUUGCAGAUGGAACAGCAGCAGUAGCAGGCUUGGAGCUUGUAGGUUCGGCAGUCGCAGGCUUGGAAUCGGACGGAGCAGACGCGUUUGAUUUGGACGGUGUUGAGGUGGCUCGUUUGGGGGUGGAGGGAGCGGAGGAGAGGGAGGAGGAGAAUGGGGAGAGGCAGGGAAAGGAGACAGGAGGUGGGCUGGAAGGAGAUGGUGAAACUGGCGGGGUGUUUGGUGGAAGAGAGAGCAGGAAGCGACGGCUGGAAGACUUACACUUGAUGGAAGGAGAGGAGGGAGUUGAGGUUGAUGAGCUGGAGGAGGAGAACGAGGAGGACGAGGAGGAGGAAGGGAAUGAGGGAGGAUUGGAAAAGUUGAAGAAGGGAGGGAAAAGUAAGGAGGGAGAGGGUGAAGGAGAGGGGGGAAUAGAAGGCGAUGCAGUGAAUGAGAGGGAGAAUGCUGUCCUGCUUCGCCCAUCCAUCCCCACAACUCCCUCACCUCUAUUCUGCUCCGAAGCUGAAUUCCAACACCUCUUAACCUGCAUCAAGAACGCUUCUAACGAGGAUGCCAUUUCCCUCGUGCUCCUGCUCCUUCUGGAAGAGCAGCGCGCCGCCAACGAAACCUCCUGCUUCGUGCAGCGCCUGCGGGUGGUGCGCUCCGAGUACCUGCUGCGCCACCACUCCCUCGUGCGCUCCAUCGAGCUCAACCUCCUCCGGGACAUCGCUCACAACGAUGCCGUUCACCAGCGGGAGAUCCAACGGCUGAGACGCGUCUGCAUGGCCGGCAUGUCAGCCGGCGCCACUCUUUCGCAGCAUCAGGUGUUUUACCGGACGCUGAUAACCCGUCCACGGUCCCGCGCGUGGUGGGAGGAGUGUAUUGACCCAAAUAACCCUCCGGAAAUGUUCCGAAAGAAAUUCAGGAUGAGCCGGGAGACGUUUAUGGAGCUCUGUGGGAUGGUGGGGCCACUGAUCGGGAAAAAGCCGAGAAAAAACCCGAACCUCUUGGACAUCAGGAUCGGAGCGGCGAUUUGGAGGCUCGCCACCGCCGAGCCUCUCCAUCUGGUUUCCAGAAGGUUCAAUCUCAGUCGGACCACGGUGCAUUUUGUUGGGAAUGACAUUCUCAAAAUUCUUAACGAUGUGAUUCUGCCCAAGGUGGUCGUUUGGCCCGAGCCGGGCAGCGCCCGGGCAGCUGAAAUCUCUUCCCAGUUUUUGAAGCGGUGCGGGCUGGAAAACAAUCCUUCCGUGGAACAGCAGCUGGGAAACGGGCAGCUGAUAGGAACUCUCUACACAACGCACCUGAACAUCAACACCCCGCGCUCCAACAUGGUGAAGUAUUACAACAAGCAGCUCACUGAGCGUCUCGCUCGGGAAUCCUACUCCCUUGCCACACAAGCGGUUGUCGAUGCCAACGGGCAGUUUAUAGACCUUUGCAUCGGGCUGCCCGGAGCUCUUUCCGACGAGGAGGUGUUGCAGCAGUCGACCCUCCACCAGAAAGGACAAAAUGGAGAGCUCCAGGGAGCCAAGGUCAUUGGGUUGCGGUCGUACCCGCUUCUGGAUUGGCUGCUGGUUCCGUACGCCCAAUCAGACAGCGCCACGUGGUACCAGACGACAUUCAACGAGUGCAUAGAGAAGGGCACUGCGGUGGGGAAGGACGCGAUUGGGCGGCUGAAGGGACGGUGGAGGAUCCUGCUUCGGCGGGCUGAGGGGAAGCUGCAUGAGCUGCCGCGGUUGGUGGGGGCGUGCUGUGCGCUGCACAACUUCCUGGAGCAAAAGGGCGAGGCGUUUGACCCUGAGUGGGCGUAUGAGGCGUUUGAUGACUACGUGCCCGCCAAGCGAGCCGAUGACGAGUCCCCUGCUGCCGUCGCCGAGAGGGAUGCGCUGGCCCACGGCAUGUUCCAGGCCGUGCACGGGUGGGAGGGCCACGCUGCCAAUGCGCUGUGA